AUGGCCAUAGCCCGGCCAGUCCGGACACUGGGAGGCCUGGCCAUUGUGCUGUGGUGCUUCUUCUUAUACCAGGUCCUCAAACCUUCAUCCGGAUACAACAGCCCGGGCGAUCGGUACAUUAACUUUGAGCGCGACCCCAACUUGGAUCCUACCGGCGAACCCGAAGGAACCCUCGUACGAACGUCGGACAAGUAUGCGCCAGACGCCGAGGACACCGAUCGAGUCAGCGCCACAUUGUUGGCCCUUGUCCGCAAUGAAGAGGUGGACGACAUGGUAGCGUCCAUGGUAGACCUUGAGCGGACAUGGAACAACAAAUUCAACUAUCCGUGGACUUUCUUCAACGACAAGCCCUUUUCUGAAGAGUUUAAGAAGAAGACAAGCGCCGCAACCAAUGCCAAGUGCAACUACGAACUCAUCCCCAAGGAGCACUGGGACGCGCCCUCAUGGAUCGAUCCCGCAAUCUUCAAAGAAUCCGCUGCGGUGCUGAAGAAGAAUGGAGUCCAAUACGCCGAUAUGAUGUCAUACCAUCAGAUGUGUCGCUGGAACAGUGGCAUGUUCUACAAGCAUCCCGCCCUUCAGGAUGUCCGCUGGUACUGGCGCGUCGAGCCCAAGGUUCACUUCUUCUGCGACGUCGACUACGACGUCUUCCGCUAUAUGCAGGAUAACAACAAGACGUACGGCUUCACCAUCACCUUGUACGACGACCCUCAUACCCUGCCUACUUUGUGGCCCCAGACAGCCAAGUUCCUGGCCGAUCACCCCAACUACCUACAUGAAAACAACGCCAUCAAAUGGGUUGUUGACGAUAUUCGACGACCCCAACACAAUGAAAAGGCGCAGGGCUUCUCUACAUGCCACUUUUGGAGUAACUUUGAAGUUGCCGAUAUGGAAUUCUGGAGGAGCAAGCCAUACGAGGACUAUUUCGAGCACCUCGAUCGCGCUGGAGGCUUUUUCUAUGAACGAUGGGGUGAUGCGCCCGUCCACAGCAUUGCCUUGGGUCUAUUCGAGGAUUCAAGCAAAAUCCACUGGUUCCGAGAUAUUGGUUAUCAGCACAUUCCUUUCUUCAACUGCCCCAAUUCUCCCAAGUGCAAGGGCUGUGUCACCGGCCGACUGACAGAUGGUGAACCAUUCCUCCAUCGAGAAGACUGCAGGCCGAACUGGUUCAAAUAUGCCGGUAUGGGCUGA